AUGUCGCCACAUGGCAGAGUCGUUGUGCGGUCAUCUGAAGAUAAAGGGGGUAUUACUGAAUGGAUAAAGCAAGAGACGGACGGACUGGGACCAGACGCAAUGUAUGACUGCUUGGGCGUUGGCGGCGAUGCCACUCUCACCAGCCAGUACGUCGACAGCAUCAAAUCAGGUGGAAGAGUCGCUUUAGUCGCAGGAGGUGCAUUUGGCAAGAUGGAGCUGGAUGCCGAGGUGGACGAGUUGAUCGCUCUUGUCGCAGCAGGCGUGAUCGAUCUAUCGUACCUGCGACACAAGUGCUUCUCGUUGGAUCAAGUCAAUGAUGCUUUCGAGUAUGUUGGAGAUCGUCCAGGUGGUGCUGUCAAUGUUGUUGCACAGCCACAGACCUCGCCAUCAUGUGUGCUGGGGUCAUGA